AACCCCGGCUGGGACUGCUGCUGUUUGCUCUUAAAAGUUGUUUAAGUUAGCUGAGGAGCAGGACACAAUCCCCUGAUAGGUCUGACUUUAGUACUGGGACUACAGUGUCUUCAUAGCUGGGACUUCCCCUCUGCCAUGUAUUAGUAUUUGGAUUCUGUGGUCCGUAAUACUUCUCUGAAUGGUGUUCUAUGGCAUGCAUAUGCAGAAAGGCUACAGUUCUCAGUGGAUGCGUCCAUGUACUUGAUGUCUUUAGUGAAUUUUUAGAAGAGUUUACAUUGACUUCUGUGACCUGAAUGUCAUUUCACUGCACUUCAAUUAAGAUUGUGAAUAACAUCACCAGUUUGUUGGGCACUGAUUCAGAAAGACAUUUACUGCAUCACACUCGUCACUGGAAGGGCCAUGGUGGGACUAAAACCAAGCAACCUCCCUCCUACCGUAACAGUCAAAUUUCUUGGUGCUGGAACUGCUGCGUGCAUUGCUGACCUGGUGACCUUUCCAUUGGACACUGCCAAAGUCCGACUGCAGAUUCAGGGAGAGUCUGCUCCAAGAAAGACUGCAAAGGCUACAAAAUACAAAGGUGUCUUUGGUACCAUCACCACUAUUGUGAAGACUGAAGGGCCCAGAAGCCUCUACAGUGGCCUUGUGGCUGGGCUCCAGAGACAGAUGAGCUUUGCUUCAAUUCGAAUAGGGCUGUAUGACUCCGUCAAGCAACUGUACACCAGUGGAUCUGACCAUCCUGGGAUUGCUUGUCGACUGCUUGCUGGAGUUACCACUGGAGCCAUGGCUGUGGGUUUUGCUCAGCCCACUGAUGUAGUAAAGGUUCGAUUCCAGGCUCACAUAAGAAUGGCAAAUAGUGAUAACAGAUACCACGGUACAAUGGAUGCAUACAGAACCAUUGCAAAAGAAGAAGGAGUCCGGGGGUUGUGGAAAGGAACAAUGCCAAACAUCACCCGGAAUGCCAUAGUGAACUGUGCCGAGUUGGUUACGUACGAUUUGAUCAAAGAAGCAUUGCUACUCCAUCAUUUAAUGACAGACCAUCUUCCGUGCCAUUUUGUAGCUGCAUUUGCGGCUGGAUUUUGUGCAACUGUAGUUGCUUCACCUGUCGAUGUGGUGAAAACGCGAUACAUGAAUUCUCCUCAGGGCCAGUACCGCAGUGCUAUCAACUGUGCUGUUGUUAUGCUGACCAAAGAAGGACCAACUGCCUUUUACAAAGGGUUCAUGCCCUCAUUUUUGCGCUUGGGUUCUUGGAACAUAGUGAUGUUUGUGACAUAUGAGCAGCUGAAGAGAGCAUUGAUGUCGGCACAGCUGUCCGUGAAAUCACACUCCUAAACUGAGUCGUCUUAUCUGUGUUCACUGAAUACUGAACUGGUUCUGCACUCUUGGCUACCGUUGCCUUAUUCCAUGCUUUGCACUUUAUGAUUUCCUAUGUACUCCAGCAAAGAACACGAACAGUAGUGUGUCUUACAUUUUAAUGUAAAAUGUUCUAAGGAAAGUCAUAUGAAUUUAAUUUUUUUCUACUAUUCUAAAAUAUGUGCAAUAUUCUAACUUAGGUUUUAUAUUAGCAUAUGUCUUACAUAUAUUUUGAAAAGUAAAUGUGUGUAUGUCUGUGUCCAUAUUUGUGUGCAUGUAUGUAUAAGCAGGCUCUUACAAACUUUUACAUACAUUAUAAGAUACACUAGAACAUUUGGUAAUAAUGGAGAACAUUGGACCUUGUUAGUUUUUCUCUGUGCCUGUUACAUCAGUAGUGUAAUUUGACGUUACUACAUUAUAUUUGACAAGCAGAGAGUUUGGAACACCAGUGGCUACCUGACACCAUUACUAUACACUGGAUUUGAUAGGAACUGCAGCACUUGGCUACAUGUUUUUUAAGUAACUUUGAUUAUAAAUGGAGGGGGGCUAGUUCUCCUCUCAAUCCCCCAUUCUCAGUCUGUAACACAAUAAGUGCAGAUGUUAAGGGGCAGUAGAGGCCCUUACAAAUGAAAUAAAGCAUCUAUCUGUCAUGCUUUCUUUACAGUGAUGCAUGUUUCUAGUUGUUUAUAAUGCAUUUUAUUUUGAAAUCUAAGGACAUGCCUGGCAUGCUCAUAGGGGUUUACUAGGCUAACAACCACAAGGGUCUUUUUACAUAUAGCCAUGCAUCCCAAAUCUCGACAAGUUCUG